GUGAGGAAGCAGCAGGACGAUGUUGACAGGACAGGGGAGCUGUCAGAGGAGGCGGGGCCGCUGCCUCUCCAGGAAACACCGUUUAAAUGAAUAGAGGGAGUGUGCAGUCUGGAUAGAACACGGCAGAGGCAGAAGCAUCACUCAAAUCGGGGAAACUACAAGUCGUUUUCUCACAUAAAGGUAUCCAGUUACGAAGGCCAAGCUUGAGUCAUGUGUGGGAUCUUUGCCUAUCUGAAUUACCGAGUGCCUCGCACCAGAAAGGAGAUAUUUGAGACGCUGGUGAAGGGACUGCAGCGACUGGAGUACAGAGGGUACGAUUCAGCAGGUAUCGCUGUCGAUGGCCCUAGGAAGACAGCCACUGACGUCAACGACAACGCCAUCUGCUUGAUCAAGAAGAAGGGGAAGGUCAAGGCUCUGGAUGAGGAGCUUUACAAGAAAGACUCACUGGACCUGGAUGAGGAGCUGAGCACACACUUUGGCCUCGCUCACACUCGCUGGGCCACACACGGAGAGCCCAGCGCUGUCAACAGCCACCCUCAUCGCUCUGACAAGGAUAACGAGUUUGUUGUCAUCCACAAUGGCAUCAUCACCAACUACAAAGAGCUGAAGGCAUACCUGAUCACCAAAGGAUAUGAGUUUGAGUCAGAGACGGACACAGAGGUGAUCCCGAAAUUGACCAAAUAUGUUUACGACAACCGAGAGAAUGACAUCACCUUCUCCACCCUGGUAGAGAGGGUUAUUAAGCAGCUGGAGGGGGCCUUCGCUCUGGUGUUUAAAAGUCGUCAUUACCCUGGAGAGGCUGUGUCCACCAGGAGAGGAAGUCCAUUGCUCAUUGGUGUGCGAAGCGAGCAUGAGCUGUCGACCGAAAACAUCCCCAUCCAGUACAACACUGCUCGAGUCCAGGAGAAGAACAGCCAUAAUCGUCCUGACUGCGCCAGCGACAUUAACUCUGUGGGGGAUGGCAGGGCUGUGGAGUAUUACUUUGCCUCUGACGCCAGUGCCAUCAUUGAGCACACCAACAAGGUGUUGUACCUAGAGGACAAUGAUAUAGCAGCGGUGACCGGCGGGAAACUCUCCAUCCACAGGAUUAACCGGCAGGCUGGUGAGGAUCCAGUGAGGGCAAUCCAGACCCUGCAGAUGGAGCUGCAACAGAUCAUGAAAGGUAACUUUGAUGCCUUCAUGCAGAAGGAGAUCUUUGAGCAGCCGGAGUCAGUAGUCAACACUAUGAGAGGACGGAUUUGUUUUGACACCAACACAGUGCUUCUCGGUGGGCUGAAGGACCACCUGAAAGAAAUUAAACGUUGCCGACGGCUAAUCGUAAUUGGCUGCGGCACCAGCUUCCACGCUGCAGUGGCUACCAGACAGAUCCUCGAGGAGCUGACGGAGCUGUCUGUCAUGGUGGAGCUGGCAAGCGACUUCCUGGACCGCAACACGCCUGUGUUUAGAGACGACGUUUGCUUCUUCAUCAGCCAGUCAGGAGAGACAGCCGACACCUUGAUGGCACUACGCUACUGCAAGAGCCAAGGUGCUCUGACAGUUGGUAUAACCAACACUGUGGGCAGCUCCAUUUGUAGAGAAACAGACUGCGGAGUCCACAUCAAUGCUGGCCCUGAGAUAGGAGUGGCUAGCACCAAGGCCUACACCAGUCAGUUUGUGGCCCUCGCCAUGUUUGGCCUGAUGAUGAGCGAGGACAGACUCUCCCUACAGCAGAGAAGACUGGAGAUCAUCAACAGCCUCAGGGAUCUACCUGAGCUGAUAAAGAAGGUUUUGGCCCAGGAUAAGAAGAUCAAGGCCAUUGCCGAGGAACUGUAUCAGCAAAAGUCUCUUCUUGUCAUGGGCCGAGGUUUCCACUACGCUACCUGCCUAGAGGGGGCGCUGAAAAUCAAGGAAAUCACUUACAUGCACUCCGAGGGCAUCCUGGCUGGGGAGCUAAAGCACGGUCCUCUGGCACUUAUAGACAAAGACAUGCCGGUCAUCAUGAUCAUCAUGAGAGACGCCUGCUACACCAAGUGCCAGAAUGCUCUGCAACAAGUCACGGCCAGAUCGGGUCGGCCCAUCAUCAUUUGUUGCCAGGACGACACUGACAUGUGCAAGAAUGCAUACCAGACCAUCGAGCUGCCGCAUACUGUGGACUGUCUGCAGGGCAUCCUCAGUGUCAUCCCCCUGCAGCUCUUGUCCUUCCACUUGGCCGUCCUGCGAGGAUAUGACGUUGAUUUUCCCAGAAACUUGGCCAAAUCUGUGACUGUGGAAUAAUUACAGGUCAAAAGCACAGAAAAGCAGAAAGGAGGCUUAUAGAUGUACAGUGCAAUUGAACGUUCAGUGUGUGUGUGUGUGUGUGUGUGUGUGUGUGUGUGUGUGUGUGUGUGUGUGUGUGUGUGUGUGUGUGUGUGUGUGUGUGUGUGUGUGUGUGUUUGUGUGUGUUUGUGUGUGUGUGUGUGUGUGUGUGUGUGUGUGUAUGUGUCAGAUGAAAGAAGGAGGUUUAUGGUAAAAUAAAUUAAAAAAAGAGAAAGAGAAAUGUGAAGUCCACCAAAUAUACUGCUGAGGAAGUGCCAGUGCCAUUGAGGCCUUGCAGAACAAUCUAUGACAACAACAUUCACACAUCCAAAGUAACCAACAUGCAGUGCCUUUUUCUUAUCUCAAGAAGCCAAAUACUACAGGCUUAGCAGAAAAGCAUUGACAUGGUGUAUUGAAGUGUUUACAGUUGUGCAAUAUAGGGACCAGAUGUGCUUUAUGUAUGUACACAAUCAUAAGUGAGAUUUGUUCUCUUUCUGUUUAAUGAAUUUCUUAUGUCUAUUGGGGGCAUCUUAACUAUCUUUGCAUAACGGGAAAUGUAGGAAUUAAACAGUUUUAUUCCAGAGAGUUCUCUGAAUUAUGAAAAUCUAUUUUUUUUUUUUAUAUUUCGCUGCACAUUCAUGGCAUCACUGUGCCUGGUGGGCCAUUAGCCAAUAACGUCAAUAUUUUUAGCACAAGCUACCAGAAGGAAGUUCCUCAAUCUGACUUUCACAUUAUUACUUGAUUCUUGAUUUUAAUUUAAAAUAUAUUGUAAGUCUAUUCUGUUUAACAGGAUUGCAGUUCAUAGUUCACGUAGAGCAUGAAACUUCUGUUAUACUUAUUCUUGUCAUAGGUAGAGUAUUUCCAUAGACACACAUAAUAAUUAUUUAAAGAGCACUUAUGCAGCAAAAAAACACCAAUGUGACUACCGUGACUUUCAAUAAUACUUUUGUUUCAUCAGCUGUUUGUAUGGGUUUAUGAUCAUCAUAAUAUUCUGUAUUUAUCUGAUUCUUAUUUUAUGGGGGCUUAAGAGAGGGUUUGAUUUAUAUCUUCAACUGUGAUUGUAUUUUAUACUGUAUGUUUUAAAGACAUAAGCAGGCACUAUCAAUCAAUAAAUAGGUAAAGGAUUCUA